UCUUCAAUGUGAACCACGAAAAACUUGGAUUCACUCAACUACUUGGUGUGGAGUAUAAUAUGUAGUAGUAGUAUAUAGUUUCAAUUAAAAACAUUAUACAUAUAUAACAGUACGUAUAAUUAUAAUUAUAUAUAUAAUAUAUAUGGCUAGAGAUAGGGACCCUCUUGUGGUUGGUAGAGUUAUAGGAGAUGUUUUGGAGCCAUUUACAAGCUGUGUCUCUCUUAGAGUGUUUUAUGGUAGUAAGGAGGUCAACAAUGGUUCUGAGUUUAAACCUUCACAAAUUGUCAACCAACCUCGUGUCGACAUUGGUGGCCAAGACUUAAGGACCUUUUACACUUUGGUUAUGGUUGACCCUGAUGCUCCUAGCCCAAGUGACCCCAAUCUAAAGGAGUAUUUGCAUUGGUUGGUGACUGAUAUUCCUGGAAGUACAGGGCCAUCGUUCGGACAAGAAGUGAUGUGCUACGAGAGCCCUCGACCAACUGUGGGGAUUCAUCGAUAUGUGUUUGUGUUGUUCCGACAAUUGGGAAGGCAAACAGUGUAUGGGCCUGGGUGGCGUCAGAACUUCAACACCAAGGACUUUGCUGAGCUUUAUAACCUUGGUUUGCCUGUUGCUGCCCUUUAUUACAACUCCCAGAGGGAGUCUGGCUCUGGUGGCAGAACCAGGACUACUACUACUCGAUCAUAAUUAUAAUCAUAAUUAUAAUUAUCAAAACCAAAUCUAUCUAUCUAAUAGAACUAAUAAUUGAUAAUAAGCAGCUUAAUUAUAAAUUAAGCAAUCAAUGUGUAAUGUUUAGUGCAUUUGGAAAUGGAAUAUUACUAUAUGCACUUUGUUUUUUAUACAUAAAUAAUUAACAUUAAGGAUAAUAUAUAUUCUUCUAA